GGUCCUCUGGUGCAGGCCGGAGAGGUGUUUCGAUUUAGGAAAGAGGAAAUGGCGCAACCGAUGGACCGCCAUCUGUGGGAAAAUGAAACAGAAGGAAACUAGAGCUGGGUUGGAAUGUCGAAUAGGGGGUCGAACUACAGGCGAAAUACUUGGGCCAGGAGCAAAUUUGGGGCCCUGGUCGGAAGGAGUGCUGUAUGAGCAAGGUUUAACAUGGUCACGAUGGGACCGGGAUGGGUGUUGUGCUUUUACAAUGGAUUGGCUGGGUCUACGUGGCCGGAAGAUAUCCGGAACGGGCCAUCGGGCCCUGGCUUGUCGGUUUUGGCGUCAGGUAUCGGGGGCGGAGUUGCAAGACUUCAUUCAUGUCGAGUCAGCCGGCCGCGCGGCUGCUGAAGACAUUUGUUUUAUUUGUACAUAUUUCUUGCCGUAACGGGCAGAGAACCUUGCGGGCUCAGGCUCCUCGCCGUUGCUGCGCUGAUACUGAUACAAGCCGUAAGAGUGGCCAUCGUGUGACGUGACUGACAAUGGUCUUCUCCACCCAUCUAUCGGAAAUAU